AUGACAUUCCAGCUCAGCGAGAAAACAUUCAAAGUCCCUGUCGACCUUUUCACGGAAAAUCGCCAUCGCCUCGUCGACGCGCUUAAAUCCAAGGUUCCAGCUAAUUCAGUAGUUCUUCUGCAAGGCGGCGUCGAAAAGAAUCGCUACAACACAGAUGCCGCUGAUCUUCCAUUCCGUCAAGAAUCCUACUUCUUCUGGACGUUCGGUGUCAACGAGAGCGAAUUCUACGGAGCAAUUGACGUGAGGUCCGGCGGAAAAACGACACUUUUCGCUCCCCGCCUCGACCCGAGCUACGCGAUUUGGGAUGGAAAAAUCAAUAAUGAGCAGUUUUUCAAGGAGAAAUAUGCGGUUGAUGAGGUGGUAUUCAACGAUAAAACCACGACGAUCGCUGAGAAAUUGAAGGAAUUGUCUGCAAAACACGUUUAUUUGCUGAGAGCCGAGAACACUGAUUCCGGAGAUGUGCUCGCCGAGCCGAAAUUCGCUGGAAGUGGAGAUUUCCAGCUUGACACGGAGCUUCUCUACAAGGAAAUGGCCGAGCUGAGAGUUGUCAAGACGGAGAAGGAGAUUGGUGUGAUGAGAUAUGCUAGUAAAAUCGCGUCGGAAGCUCACCGAGCCGCGAUGAAGCACAUGCGGCCAGGGCUCUAUGAGUAUCAGCUGGAGAGUCUGUUCCGUCACACAUCCUACUACCACGGAGGCUGCCGACAUCUCGCCUACACCUGCAUCGCCGCCACCGGCUGCAACGGCUCAGUGCUUCACUACGGCCACGCGAAUGCUCCAAACGACAAGUUCAUCAAGGACGGCGACAUGUGCCUUUUCGAUAUGGGACCCGAAUACAACUGCUACGCAUCAGACAUCACCACCUCAUUCCCGUCAAACGGAAAAUUCACCGAAAAACAGAAAAUCGUGUACAACGCUGUGCUCGCCGCCAAUCUUGCCGUCUUGAAAGCGGCAAAACCGGGCGUUCGCUGGACGGAUAUGCACAUUUUGUCGGAAAAAGUGAUUCUGGAGCAUCUCAAGCAGGCUGGGCUCAUCGUCGGCGACAUUGAUAAGGCUGUGGAGGCACGUGUAGGCGCGGUCUUCAUGCCUCAUGGAUUGGGACACUUGAUCGGGUUGGAUGUGCACGAUUGUGGAGGAUAUAUGGGUGAUGCGACGCCGAGAUCAACGCUUCCCGGGCUCAAGAGCCUCAGAACGACGAGAACGCUGAUGGAGAGAAUGGCAAUCACCAUCGAACCCGGCUGCUAUUUCAUUGAUUUCCUGCUCAACGAGGCGCUCGCCGACCCGAAAAAGAGCGAAUUCCUCGUCAAAUCCGAAAUCGACAAGUACCGCGGAUCAGGCGGCGUCCGUAUCGAGGAUGACGUCAUCAUUCGUGCUUCUGGUAACGAGAAUCUGAGCGAUCUUCCACGAACCGUCGAGGAGAUCGAGAACUUCAUGGCUAGUGGAGGCGAAUGGACGGAGAAGGUCAUCGAAUCUCGUGUCUCUGAUUUCUUGUCCAAGUGAUUUUUUGUCUACUGAUUCUAAUUUAUCAUCAUUCCUACUACUAUUACUGUGUUAUUUUUUCAUGUAAAAUAAAAUUUAAUUUU